CCUGGUCUCCUCUUCCUCCUUGGGCUUUUAGGUGAGCUGCAUGAUUGGGCGGUAGGUUGGAGGGGUAGGCUUUUGGAAAUCACAUGGUUUAUAUUUCCAGCUCUGUGAGACGCCAUUUUGGAGGAAAGUUUGGAAUUUGUAGACCUUGGGAAGAAGAAGAAGCAGAAGAAGUAGAAGGAAGGAGGAAAAAAAGAGGAAGAAGCAGAAGAAGGAAAGAGAGGAGGGAUUACACAGAGAGAAGUUUGACACGAAUGCAUAACGCUCGGCUCUACUGGGAAUAACACAGGAGGCAAAAAAAGUGUGCGGACCAGUGCGGGAUAGGUUUGGCACGGCUGGAGUUGAGGUGUGCCACCAGGCUGGAUUUUGCGCUUUAACUUGGGUAGUUUUUUAUUUUAUUAAUUUUUUUUUUUUUUUUUUUUUGGAAAAGCCGUCAAGCCUCACAGUAAUUUCCUCCAGUCCGGUUGCAGCAUAUCAGCCCAUGCAUGCACCGAGUGGCGCUCGUCCUGCACGGAUUCUGCACGGAAACGGCGGUUUUUGCAUGGAUUUUUUAGCGCACAUCGGCUCGUAGUCGCGGAUCCUUUCCCACUCCUCUCCAGCCGAGCGUCGCGGUGUGGCGGAGCCGCUGCCGCCGCUGUGUGCCUGCGCGCUGCCCGGGGCAGGGAGCGUCUGUAGCGGGGAACUCCGGCACGGCGAGUCGGUUGUUUUAACGUCCACCGGAGCCGCGGCUGGCUUUGUUGUGUUUUUUAGUUUUUACUGGGACUUCUCUCGCUUUCUUUCCAGGGGCAGUUUGUCGGAUUAUUUCCAUCGGACGUCUCUUUUUCCCCUCUUUCUCUGUAGUUUGGAGUGUUUUCUGCCGGAGGGGAACUCUGUGAUAUCCGUCGUGGGAUUUUCUCCAGCCUGACUUGGACAGCGGCAGCAACACAGGGGGCGAAAGUGGGGAUUUUACCGGCUGUAUAAACAGUAAAAUAACCCUGUGUGGAGGUGUAUGUGGCUAGUGAGCUAGCUCCGAGCCGAGCCGAGCCGAGCCAGUCCCAGCCAUGCCAGUGAGAAAGAAAGACGCACAGCGAGCCCUGCUGCUGCUGGAGGAGUAUCGGAUGAAGCUGAACCACACAGAGGACCGGCAGCUCCGCCACUCCAUCCAGAGGGUCAUCGACAUCUUCCAGAGCAACCUGUUCCAGGCUCUCAUAGAUAUCCAGGAAUUUUAUGAAGUGACCUUAUUGGACAGUCACAAAUGGGCGGAGUCUUCCAAGGGGGCGGAUCCCACGCCGCCCGUGAACCUGUGGGAUUUCUCCAGCCUCCAAAGCACAACGGUGACCUCGGACACUCUGCCCAGCCUUAGCACCAGCAUCGAGAAGUACAGGCACCACGAUGAGGACUCGUCCCCGCAGGAGCAGAGCUCGCCCCAGCUGACGGAGGAGGCGGGCGGACCCGAGCUGGUCCAGGUGGCAGAGAAGAACCUGUCCCAGAUCGAGAACGUGCACGGAUACGUGACGCACGCGCACAUCUCGCCCAUGAAGGUAGCGUCUCUGGAGUGCAUCUUUGACGGUCCGUCAGCGUUAGGACAGCAUCACCUGGAGCUCCCUCCCCCCUCGCCCUCCACCCUUUAUUCAAGGUCAGCUCACCUGAUGCAGGCAGAGGCCGCCCCGCCUUCCUCUCCCAUAAUCCCCGUGAUCCCAAUCUCGCCCAUCCCAGCCGAGACCGCCAUCAUCCCUCCAACGUCACAGGCCAACCCUCCGCCUGUGGUGGUGAACACGGACAGCCUGGACACGCCUCCAUACGUGAACGGGACCGAAGCUGAUUAUGAGUAUGAGGAGAUCACGCUGGAGAGGGGAAACUCGGGGCUGGGCUUCAGCAUCGCCGGCGGGACCGACAACCCGCACAUCGGCGAAGACCCCAGCAUCUUCAUCACCAAAGUCAUACCGGGAGGGGCCGCCGCCCAGGACGGACGGCUGAGGGUGAACGACGUGAUCCUGCGGGUGAACGAGGUGGACGUCCGGGACGUGACGCACAGCCGAGCCGUGGAGGCGCUGAAGGAGGCGGGGUCUCUGGUCCGACUGUACGUGCGCAGGAGGAAACCCGUCUCCGAGAAGCUGAUGGAGAUCAAACUGGUGAAGGGACCCAAAGGUCUUGGUUUCAGUAUAGCGGGCGGAGUGGGGAACCAGCACAUCCCGGGGGACAACAGCAUCUAUGUCACCAAAAUCAUCGAAGGAGGAGCGGCCCACAAAGACGGCAGGCUGCAGAUCGGAGACAAACUGCUGGCUGUGAACAGCGCUUGCCUGGAGGAGGUGAGCCACGAACACGCCGUCACUGCCUUGAAAAACACCCCCGACGUGGUCUACUUGAAAGUGGCUAAACCCAACAGUGUCUUCAUGAACGACAGCUUCGCCCCGCCCGACCUCACCAACUCCUACUCCCAGCACAUGGAGAACCAUAUCAGCCCCCCCAACUACAUGGGACAGCCCCUCCCUCCGGCGCCGUCGGGACGCUACUCCCCGACCCCCAAGGGCAUGCUGGGAGACGACGAUGUCACCAGGGAGCCCAGGAAGGUGGUGCUGCACAGAGGAGCCACCGGCCUCGGCUUCAACAUCGUGGGCGGCGAGGACGGCGAGGGAAUCUUCAUCUCCUUCAUCCUCGCCGGAGGACCUGCAGACCUGUGUGGAGAGCUGAGGAAAGGAGACAGGCUGGUGUCUGUGAACGGGGUCGACCUCCGCAACGCCACUCACGAACAGGCCGCCGCCGCCCUGAAGAACGCCGGGCAGACCGUCACCAUCGUAGCCCACUACAGGCCAGAGGAGUACAGCCGGUUUGAGGCCAAGAUCCACGACCUGAGGGAGCAGAUGAUGAACAGCAGCAUCAGCUCCGGAUCCGGAUCCCUGAGGACCAGCCAGAAGAGAUCGCUAUACGUCAGAGCUCUGUUUGACUACGAUAAGACCCGGGACUCCGGGCUGCCCAGCCAGGGCCUCAACUUCAAGUUCGGAGACAUCCUGCACGUCGUCAACGCCUCCGACGACGAGUGGUGGCAGGCCAGGCAGCUGACGGCCCAGGGGGAGGUGGAGGAGGUCGGGGUGAUCCCCAGCAAGAGACGGGUGGAGAAGAAGGAGAGAGCGAGAUUAAAGACGGUCAAGUUCAACGCCAAGUCUCGAGACAGAGCGUCUCUCAAUGACAAGCGUAAAAAGAACCUCUUUUCCCGAAAGUUUCCUUUCUACAAGAGCAAGGAGGCGAGCGAGCAGGAGACCAGCGAUGUCGACCAACAUGUGACCUCUAACGCCAGCGAUAGUGAAAGUAGCUACCGUGGACAGGAGGAGUACGUUCUGUCGUAUGAGCCCGUCACCCAGCAGGAAGUGAACUACACCCGUCCCGUCAUCAUCCUCGGCCCCAUGAAGGAUCGCAUCAACGACGACCUGAUCUCCGAAUUCCCCGACAAGUUUGGCUCCUGCGUCCCGCAUACGACCCGGCCCAAGCGGGACUACGAGGUGGACGCCAGAGAUUAUCACUUCGUGGUGUCCCGGGAGCAGAUGGAGAAGGACAUCCAGGACCACAAGUUCAUCGAGGCGGGGCAGUACAACAACCACCUGUACGGGACCAGCGUGCAGUCGGUCCGCGAGGUGGCCGAGAAGGGUAAACACUGUAUCCUGGAUGUUUCGGGGAACGCGAUAAAGAGACUGCAGCUCGCUCAGCUUCACCCCAUCGCCAUCUUCAUCAAGCCCAAGUCUGUGGAGAACAUCAUGGAGAUGAACAAGAGGCUGACGGAGGAGCAGGGCAGGAAAACCUUCGACAGAGCCACCAAGCUGGAGCAGGAGUUCACCGAGCAUUUCACAGCCAUCGUGCAGGGCGACACGCUGGAGGAGAUCUACGAGCAGGUGAAGCAGAUCAUCGAGGAGCAGUCGGGUCCCUUCAUCUGGGUCCAGUCCAAGGAGAAGUUAUGAAGACUCACACACACUUUCUACUCUUCCUCCUCCUCCUCCAUCGCUCCUCUCCUCUAUUUAUAUUUUACUUUGUUUUUUAAAAGAAAAGCCGACACGCGCGCACAUAAACACACACAUAAACACACACACACACACACACACACACUCCCGCCUCCUCCCUCUCUUCCUCCGCCAGGCUUCUCGUUUUAAACUCUGAAGGCUUUUUAUCUUCGGCCCGCAGAAGACCGGGGGGGCGUUCGGUUUCCUGUCUCCUGUCGGCGAGGUUUUUAACGGCGACGCGCGGCGCCGGACCAGCAGAGUAAAGCACACGGGCUGUAUGUUGAAUUAAAAUGAAUUAUUAAAAAAAACAAAAUAAAAACAAGACGGUACGGUUCCUUAACGUUUAAGGGAGGAGACGUUCAGAGGUGGAGGAGAAGAAGAAGAAGAAGAAGACCACGUGUCCAUGUAAGUGGCGAGCGAGAGAAGAGAAGUACGUCCUAUGUAAAGAGAUUUUACUUUCUUUUUUUUUUUUGUUUGUUUGUUUGUUUGUUUGUUUGUUUUCGGGUUUCUUAUGUUCAGUUUUUUAUUAGUGAAGAGUCGACGGGCGGAUGGAGGUUUAGUCUCAGGCAUCGUCGGGCGGUCCAGAGGAAGGCGGAGACACAAAGCAAAACUUUGCACGUUCUAGCUUUAACAGCAUGUCUCUUAAUACCCGUUUGUUUCUGUUUCUGUCUCCCCCCGCUCCUCCCAUCCCCCGGCCCCCCCCCUCCCCCAGCUCCUCCUCUUUUUAUUUUCAUUUUUAACACCUGACUCGUAUUUUUGCUUUGUUUGUUUGUUUGUUUGUUUGCUCCUCACUGCUGGUAGAGAAGCCAUCGCUGUUUCUCAGGACGCUACGCAAGCUUUUUUUUUUUUUUCCUUUCUUUCCAACUCGGCCGCUAGAGGGCGCCGUCGGUUUUUUUAUUCUGAUAAUCUGAGUUUUUAAACAGGAAAUGGCCUCUCGUCUGGCUUCCUGUUCGGUACGGCGAGGGUCGGGUUGUCGGUGCGACUGAAGGAGGCGCCCAAACGCUUUUCCUCUCGUCUUUUUUUGGCGAAGCGAGGGAAGGAUGAUUUCACAUUUUAAGACGCGACUGAAAGCGGCUCGCAGCCUCGGACGACCCGCGGGGCGUCACGAAUACAAACUGGUCAAAAGGUCAGAGGUCGCGGCGUCCACAUGCAUUUUCUGACUUUAUGAAACUGAAGGUCCUGAUUUUCACCGCUUUGACUUGAUCGAAUUAAAGGUGCAGUACGCAAAACUGACAGGGGGUCGAUUUAAACGGGGACUCAACUACCAAAAAAAAAAAAAAAAAAAAAAGCAUGUAAGUCAUCAGCGAGUGUGAACCGCGUGGACUCAACCAUCAGAUUCUGUGCAUAUUCUGCGUUUUUUUUUUUUUGUUUUUUUUUCGUAAGUUGAAUCAAAACGUCUCCACAUGUAACCGACCCUCCGCAGCUUCACAAAGUGCACCUACGUUGUUUUUAUGUGUUUUUUUUUUUUAUGGGCGUGUUUUUGGCGCCCCCUAGCAGGCGAGUUGGAAACGCCGGCGGACGACUGGACGGUUUCAAAGCGUUUUUUCAGUGUCUUACCACCAAGCGACUUUUUUUUUUUA